UCCUGGCAACAGUUUGAUUAACAGAAAUUUAAGGACAAAUGAUAAGCGAAGACCCUUUCAGACCAAAACGGCACAAUCUGAAGCGGUCCUGGGACGCAGUGGGGCCGUUUCCUCGCUCCAUCUGGACUAGUCCCAGUGUUCCCGUGGAUGACUAUGACCGGAUCUGUCGGGAAAUAUGGGAGAAAGCGAAAAAGUCUAAAGCAGCUAUGUGGGACUUUGGGCAAAUCCACCGCAAAUCCAAAAUACAAUCAACUGGAAAGUUUGUCGGAGAUCCAUUUGCCCAGCCGGAGUCGUACAACAACGUCCAGCGCACAGUAGGCCCAGAGGCCAGCCUGGAUGAACGUAAAGUGCAGGAUGAGAUGUCACUCAUGGUGCAGAAGGAGUUUUGCACAUUGAUCUCCCAGGAAGAAGAAGAGGAUCUCUACAGCUCUGCCUCAGUCAACACUCCGUCGCCCCACAAUGACCAAGACGACACCGUCCCAUCUGCGGAGAGCCCUGUGAUGGCGAUGGAGGUGGACGAACAGGGAGAGGAGGAAGAGGUGUCUCAGGUCAAUGUGGACGAGGCACGCGAGCAGCACAGGAGGAAGAUCGAGAUGUAUCUGAAGAGUAUUCUCCGCAUGGGGCCUGGCCCUGGAGCCCCCCCUGCCCGGCCCAGACGCCAGCCUGUUCCUGUCCGUGUGGCGCCUCCCAAACACUGGCCCUGUGGUGCAGUGCUCCGCUCCCCAUCCCGCCCUCCUGCAGCCUCCGCCCCAGCCCCUCCCCCCUCGCCCCCCCCUCCCGCCCCCCUUUCAUCUCCUCCCACUCCCGCUCCUCCACCCUCGUCCCCCCAUCCUGCAGCCCCAGCUCCCACCCACGCUCCUCCCCCCUCCCCCCCCCAUCCCCCCACCUCCGAGCCCUUCCCCCCGAUCUUCCUAGAGGACGACUUCUACCCUCUCCUGGGGCUGCUCUGUGACCCCCGGCCCCCUCCCAUUCCUGGGGGUCCGGGGCCUGACCCAGCUAGCGAGGAAGACUUCCCACCUCUCCCUGGCACAGCCAGCAGGAUGGACGCCCCCCCUCAGCCCAUUUCCGCCUUGGCAUGGGGUGACAAGCAGUACCCCACACCACCCAGCCCCUCUCAGCCCGUCAUCUCUACUCCACUGACCUCCAUCCAGGAGGUGAGCAGCUUUGCCACGCCCCAUAAUAAAGCCCCUGCCCUGGCCUUAUCCCUGGUGCCCUCUCCACACCCACCGGCCCCUCAGCCAGAGGUCUAUGACCUCCUGGCUGACUUCCCAGCUCUCCAGCCCCAGGGGAAGGCUCCUCGGCUGGGCUGUAUUUUGCCCAAAGCCCUCCAUUCCUCCAGCCUUGCCGAGGCGGCCCCAGAGGUCUCCUACAGUGCCCUCUUCAAGGCUGUUGAGGGCGAGAGAUUGGUGGGCGUGGAAGAAAAUAGUGUCACGCCUUGCCCUGGAGGGUACCGGGGAGGGAGGAGGAAGCAGGGCUCCAGGAUUGGAGACCAGAAGGGCAGUGGCAUUGCCAGGGUGAGCUCCACCCUAACAACUGGGUGUGCCAAGUCACGCCGAGCCAACAUAGAAGAGAAGAGAGGCAAAGCGACGCCGACUACUGCAGAAGUCUUCCAGGAGGCCAUAAGGUCGGCCCCCAGACGAGCCCCUCCCACUGCCCAUUGUCCCAGGCCCAACCGAUGGGGGACCCCUUGGUACGCGCCAGCGGCCCUCGCUCAACCCAGCCGCCAUUGCCCUGCCUGCCCCCCACCUGGCAUCACCCUCCCACACCAUGUUCCAUCCUCACAGCAAAGCGUUCCUCCUGGAUUUGCCCCUUGUCUUCCUGCUCUAGAGAUAAACCCAGUAGGAAGCUAUGCAGCUCAUCCCCCUGAGGGUCUCCAUCUAACAGGAGGCGACAUUCCAACUAAUAAAUGA